UCAGUUUUGUUGGCGGUCGCUCGUAGUUCUGCGAAUAUUUUUCUUUUGCCAAAAAUAGAAAUAAGAUCGACCCAAAUUUAUUAGUUACAUAUUUUAUGUUUUUAUCUAAUGAUAUAAUAAUUAACUUUUCCUUUAAUCACAAUAUCUAAAUGUUUGAUAAUAAUCAUCGAACAAAUUUGAAAUCCAGAAAAAACAAUAUUCUUAGUGUUUUUCUUUGAGGUUCUUGUGCUUGGAAAUAAAUAUUUUUAAUUGUGUACAAAUAACAAUUCAUACAAUUAUGGCACUGACUUCAGUUGCCACCAAUUCUGUGGUGGACUUAUCUGAAGAAAAUGAUAAUUCUGCCAAUCACGCUCCAGGUUCGUCAAACACAACUGCAUCUUUUGAGCGUUCCUGCGACAAUCCAGAAUGCUCUGCACCACGGCUGAUAUCUAUGGUCCAGAAACCUAUUGCAUCUGAGUUCGUUACCGAGCCGAUGGUUGUCCAUAAACCAACUCUCAUCAAUGGAUUUACCACAGUGUUCCAGAUUGAUGGGAUCGGCACUAGAAUGGAAGACAUCAUGAACGAAUCCACAGCAAACAACAACAUCGGUGGAAAUCACAAACCAAAGACAGUGUUUCGUGUCGUCCCGAAUACUCACGCGCAUAUUGUCAAUUAUGUUGUUGUAGAAGCUGCCGCCGAGACUAUGCAAAAGAUCAAAGCAAACGAUCCCGAAACCAUGUGUAAGCUGCUCAUUUCACAACGACUAAGUGCCGAGCAAAUGCUCAAGAAACUCAUCGGAAAAGCCCUCGAGGUACCCUCAAGAGUGGACACUGCAUCUAAUGCUCCAUCACAAAUCGCAGUUCCACCACCAAUCCUAGCCCCGGCACCAGUUGAGAUCGCAAAACCCCAAGUUCCACCCAACAUAACUAAGAAGCUACCCACAGUUGCCGAUGCAAACAAAACUUCUAAUACAUCUACAGACAAACGUAUUCCUAAAAAACCAACUACCGAACAUAAUAAAUCAGUAACUACAGCAAAAGGUUUGAGUUCUUCUACCAAUCGGAUUGCCGUAAAACCACCAUCCCAACUGAAUAAACCAAGAAAACCAGUACCAAUUGCUCCAAAAAAACCCAUCACAAAUUCUUCGCAACCCAGUGCUGUCGCAGAAACUAGUCCUCGCCCAACGACUUUAACUCCACGUGUCAUUCCAGCAAGUAAGCCGGUUGUCUGGCAGGCUAUUCCGCCAUCUCCAAAAACUACUUCGACACCCAAUAUGCCACCGCCUGCCGUUCCUGCCAAGAGCACUCCGCCUGUGGUUAUUACAACAUCAAAUCUCAACACUUCACCACCACAACAAGAUCAUGAAUUGUUUGAUGUCGAAAAAGCCAUAACCUCUACCGCAAUUACUGUCCACCGAAGUCCUGUCGGAUCCAACAUACAAGAAAACACUCUCAAGAGGAAACUUGAUGCAACACAAGCAUUAGAGGUAGUCAAGCGUCUUAGACCAAGAUCCCCCGUCAGAAUGCAAAAUCUAACUCCUUUGGCAGAUGACAGCAAUGUAUCCAUAGUGAAAUUUUCUACGCCACUUCACAAGAAACUACCCACACUUCCCAAACCUCCAAAACAAACAGCUCCUCCAAUGAAAAUUCCACCUUCUCUCCACAAACCGGCAGUUGGUAGAAACUUGGUAAGUCAAAAGAAUAAAGUUAAACCAAUUGAGGAAAAACAAGUCAAACCGCUGCCUACACUUUCGAAUUCAAUCGAGAACGAGGUCUCGGUUGAACCUAGUCCGCCAACAGAGUUGGAUACAUCUGUGCGGCGGAAAAAUAAACCACUUAUGGGGCCGGCUUCCAAAAUGAAAGCUCUUAAAGCGAUAGCUGAAGCAAAAACAAAGGCUUUAGAAAAGGAUCCAUUGCUUACAUGCCAAAAAACGGCUAUAACCACAGAAUCUGGACAAAUGAAAAUUGGGGAAACGACCAUAACCCGAACUGGUUCGUCGAAGGGCAUCGCAAAAGAGAGUCCCAAACCUGCAAUAACUCUAACAAAGCCCUGUUCUGUGGCAAUAACCGAUAUCGCCAAAACCGGUACAGCAACGGACUCUGACAAUGAUUCUCUGAAGUCUAAUAAGAGAUUAAGGCAGAAUGUAAGGCCAUCUGCCGAAAAGGAAGCACCCAAUACCAAAAAUAAAAAUGGAGGCGACGAAUCGGAAGACAAGUUUAAAGGACGAUUUACAAUGAAAAAGGAGGAUGAUAAAUUAUCUCGUAAACCGUUUCUCAGAGCAACCAGAUCUAUGGCAUCGCCAAAAUCAACCAAUAGAACACCUCAUAAAUCAGAUGCGCCUGAUGAGGAUAUAUCUGACUCUACACUACUGACCACACCAUCGGCACCAUCAAGAGUCUUGAGAGUUGUACUGCCCUCAACAAAGAAUGGAAUUGUGAAUAAUCCAUCGACAGCACCACAUCCCAAUUUGAAGAUAUCUUCGGUAAUAAGUGGUGGUGGAACGACGCUAGCUGCACCCAUGAUGGAAGUCGACAGGGAAACUUCUCCUUUGAGUAUCGAUGAUGAUAGCAACGGACCUGGUAUCGAACAAUUGCAAAAAGAGUUGGCCGAUUUGCGACGCACCGUCGCUAGACUUACUCAAGGAAGGAAAACGUAGGCCGGGUCAGUUGAAGAAACUGAAAAUGGAUAGAAUCUAUGGUUUUAUGUUACAUUCACAAAGUGUCAAUGUAUUUUGUUUUAAUAGAAAUAACAUUUAUAUUAUUCAUCAGACUGAAUAAUUCAGUUUGUUAGUAAUAA